UCAUUCUCUGGGACUGUAGGGGAGAACCAGCUGCUGGCAUGAAAUCUCUGCUGCUCGUGUGUGUGUUUCUUCUGCCUCUGCAAACACUGGCGCUGCCGAUGCGCAACAGAUCGAGUUUUUCCAGCAAACCCGGGAAGCUUUCAGAAACACAGGGUGGUAUCUUCAUGGAAACCAUCACCAUUCCUUCAAUAGCUUCGAGUGUCGGGGCAAGAGAGCGCCGUGCGGUCUGGAGGGCCCUCCUGCAUAAAAGACCCCCGUUGAAACAGACCAACACAGCAGCCAAUCAAAACAGGGAACAUUUCCGGGAAUAUUGGCAAGACCUCAGAGGAUCACGCAGUCAUCCACAGGGUCAGCUGAUGCGUGUGGGAUGCGUCCUCGGCACAUGCCAGGUACAAAACCUCAGCCACCGUCUCUACCAGCUGAACAGCCCAAACGGACGGCAAGAUGCACCAAUCAAUCCCAGAAGUCCACAUAGUUAUGGAUAAGACUAUGACCACACAGCAAAAACCUAUCCAGAAAUAUGACAACAGAAGAGCGCCGACACCAGCGGGGAACAAACUCAACAAAUGGUGUAAUCAAUUGACAGGUGUCCUGUCAUGAGAAAUCAUAUUCUCUUGAUCGUUUGAAAUAAGAGUUCAAUGUGCUUACUGUAACUUGAAGAACUCUAAACUUGCCCUAAACAAGCAUCUGUUAAAGCAACUCCUUACAAACUUCUGCAACUCUGACGUCAUCUAACAUUAACACACAGUAUGAUUGCCAAGAUUAACAUGCAAGCUUCUAUUUCAGUGUUCAGAAACUUAGCCUGGCCUGGUUUUUGCAAGAAAUUGAUUAGUAUUUAUAUUGCAAUUUUCACCGCA